GAGAAGGAGCGAUUGAAUGAGCGAGUGAGGAAAGGAGGGUAUGGAGCAAUAUGAGACACUGGCUUAUGACACAGCGCUGAGCACCUUGGCUGCGGUGUUGGUGUACGUGCUGCUGAAGGUGGGCUGGGAUGGCUACAGGCGUUGGCGAGCCCGGGCUCGGGUCCUGGUGGUGGGCUCUGGCCCCGUGGGACUGACGGCUGCGCUGGUGGCCUUGCGCUCCAGUAAAGUGGGGCGCUUGGACCUUCUGGAGGAGCGUUGCCGCCCUGCCUUGCUGGCCAGGCCCCAGCAGAUAGCCCUGGACCCCCGCAGCGUGACCUUCCUGCUGGCGCUGGGGGUGGACUUUGACAACAUGGAAGGGUGUUGGCACAACGAGCACUUCUUCACCAAGAUCGGGAUCUUUCAGGAGCACCUGCUCAGCAUCCUGGAGCAAAAGAAGCAGGAAAUGGACAUUCACAUCCACCUGGGCACCAAGUUCACGGAGGAUUACCUGAAGAAGAUCCCAGCAUCAGAUCUGCCCCGAGUGAUCGUGGUUUGCGAUGGUUCCUGCGGAGAGUCCAGUUCUGUGCUCGGCAUCACCUCCGACUACAUUGUGGAGUCCUGCAAUGCGUAUGGUGCUAACGCAGCCUUAGAGAGGGAAGACCAGAGACAGGUUCCCACGCCAGAGAUCCGUGGCCACGACUUGCACUUCGACCUCUCGGCUUACGGAGUGGAAUUCGCCCCCACCGCCGUCAAAGAGGCUCAGCACUUGCAGCCCUCGGCCGCCAAGCCCGGCUUCCAUCUGAAGAUCUACGGCACCUUCCGCAACCGCUACAUGGGUCUGGCCUGCCCGGGGCUGGACACGAAAGUGGUCAAGUUUCUCCGUCACACCCCUAACUCGUCGAUAAUGAAGAAUAUAUUUCAUCAAUCCUUCAACGCUUACAAGACUGACAUCGAGCCCCGCAUCAACGACCUGACCGUACACUUGUUGCAGUGCAGCCGAAGGCUGUUUGAGAUCAUGUUGUCCCACAGGAGAGUGACCGCAGCCUACAUCGAAGGGGACAAUGUGGUGGUGACUAUCGAGGGAGAGGCAGCCAGAGUGCUCAACUUCGACACAGGCUGCGGAGUUAACUUUGGCCUGAAGGGCCUGGAGUCGCUGGAGGAGUUUAUUUACCGGAUGGCGACGGCCGCUGAUCAGAGCGACGUGUUUGAGGCGCUCUCGGCCAAGAUCCGGCACUCCAAGCAGCUGGCGGAGGAGUUCCGGCUGAACGGGCUGACCAUGGCCAUGUUUGAAUGAGGAGGCAGUGGCUCGGUUGCCAACAGGAGUGCGUUUGGGGUGGUGGGGGGAGGGUCCUUUCACCACCUCGUGCAGCAUCGCCAAUGAACACUCCCCACCACCCCCCCACCAUCCCACCCCGGUCGGAGGACAUUUUUCUGCCAAUCCUGUCGGACGGGUGAAGAGGG